AGUUGUGAAACGAAAGGUAUUGAGGAAUAUUUUAUCACUGUGCAGGAUACGAGCGAAACGAAGGAAGUUCAACAAUCUCUCGCUGAGCAAACACCAGUGAAGAAAGAAGCAGAGCCAGACACCAAGGACGUCAAAGUCCACAAGGAGGAUGAGAACAAUUCAAAGUCAGACAACGAAAGCGGUGACCACGACGAUGAUGACGAUGACUACGAUGACGACGAUUUCCCUCCCGUGCACAUCAAAUUGCCCCUUCAACUCGAUUUUGAUGAAAUUGCGGGCACUUUGAUCCAAGAGGCACGCAGCAGAGUUUCUUGCGUUGUUGAAAGACGAAGGGCCGAUCAAGUGAUGGACGGUGCUAACAAUAAUAAUAUUGAUAACAGUACUGAUUCUCGCUACCAAAGACUGAGCGGGGAACGUGUCGCCAUUUUGUGCGAAUCUGGCAAUCCUCACCAAGAGCAACAAGAUCAAGAGAUGCUCACGCCAAUCAUUAUUCCAUUGGGAACCGUCCAAGUACCACUUCAGUCUCAGGAGCAGAACCCAGCCUACCAUCAAUAUCAAGUGCAUACUCAGUAUCAAGUUCCUGACAUGCAACAGUUACCACUCAGCGACCCACGUGGACUUAAUCACAUCCCACCUGGUAUUCUUCCCCCUGAAUUGCGAAAUAUCCCUCAGGUAACUAUGGAGAUGAGGCCACCACGUAUGGGACCACAGAUGCCCAUGAUGGGACCACAGAAUCCUGCGAUGGGACCACAAGUUGAGCUGCGUCGAAUUCCCAUCGAAUUGCGUCAUUUCCCGGUGAAUCCAAUGAGAGGUAUGCGACCACCAAUGGUCCAGGAACCACAACAAGUACCUGUGAUGUAUCAACAAGUUGAACAAAGUGGAGCAUAUGGUCAAGAACAAGGACCAGCUAUGAUGCCUCCUCCAGCACCGCAGCCAGAAACUCAGGUUCAUGAGCAAAGGAUCAUUCCUCAUGUAUUGAUCCCGCAAACCGAACAACGUCCACCUCAGAUGCCACCGCAAGUACAACCUCAAAUGCAGCCCCAGAUGCAAGCUCAGCCUCAAGCUCAGCCUCAGCCACAACCACAACCGCAGCCUCAAGUUACAGAAAGACAACGUUCGCCCUUCCAAGGAAUUCCGUUCGAAAUUCGAAGGAUUAUCCAACAAGUACCCCUAGAGAUUAAGAACAUCAUUCAACAUAUCACCGGUGAAGCGAGGCCUGUACCUGUACAAAUACCAGAUGGUGCUCGCCGCGAGAAUGUUCAGGAAUUCAAACCGUUCCCGGAAGGAGCUCAACCUAUUCCUUUGGGACUUCCACUUCCGAUAGAGGUGCGAAAUCUAUUGGAGCAUGGAAAUAUCGAGGGUCGCCAGCGGCCGGAUGGUUCCAACGAACAACAGGAAGCAAGACCUUUCCCUGGACCGGAAGAUGAUAGCGAGGAAGAAAGAAACUUCCCUGUACCAGCGGAAAUUCGUAAUAUAAUUCACCAGGUCGUAGAAGGUAACGCGUUCCCAGUUCCAAGAAUUUCUCUGCCAUUGAGACCAGUAGAAUCCUUGGAAAUACCUGUUGAGGCCCGUGCUGAAGUUACUGAUACCCAAAACUCCGAACAAGAAUCAGAGCAAAGGCAGCAAGAGCAACAACAAACACCACACAUGAUGAUGGACCAGCAACAACAACAAGUGCAACAGCAACAACAGGAACAAGAAGAAGAAAGUCGCCCACACUGUAAGUACAUUUAAUUUUUUAUUUUUUACUUUUACUUAUGUCUGUUGUUUCAUAGCCCCCGCCCCUCUCCUAUUGCAUUCCCGUUACUAUUUAUUUAAAGAAGAAACUUAAUUUCAUUCUUUUGUAUUACAGAUACAAUGACACACAUAACGUAAUGUAGGCCACUGAUUCCAUUUGAAUUUUCAUUUAAUUUGUCACAUUCGCAUUGAGUAAAAUUAUACAAAUUGUUCCAAUUUGUUCAUAGACGUGCAACCACGUUCGGUGCGUUCCAUCCCAGAGGCAUUCUCUCAUCGCCGUGAGAAGCGUGUACGCCGUUGUGCUUGCGAUUGCGCCUGUUAAUUCCAGUUACAGCGAAUCGGAUCGAAUGUCCCAUCAUACCCGGUCAAAGAGAAUGCUCCCCCCCCCCCCAAAAAAAAAGAAGAAGAAACGCAGCUCGGAACAUGUUUGACGAGUUCCCGUAAAACCCGAAAGAAGAUUUUUCAGGCGAUUCACGUUCCGUUUCUCGAAUUUCAUAUUUUUGUAAAUCUUACAAUCUUGCGAGAGCAAACUGGACUAUAAGAAUAAUCUUAUUUUUAUAGAAGGCAGCAUGGGACAAAAGUCA